UUACAUAGCUAAAUGAUGGUGGUCCCGUUUCUGUUCACGCCGCUGAAGGAGCGGCCCGACCUGCCGCCGAUCCAGUACGAACCGGUUCUCUGCAGCCGGGCCACCUGUCGCGCCGUGCUCAACCCGCUGUGCCAGGUGGACUACAGAGCCAAACUGUGGGCGUGUAACUUCUGUUACCAGAGGAACCAGUUUCCUCCGUCGUACGCCGGGAUCUCUGAGGUGAACCAGCCGGCAGAGCUUCUGCCGCAGUUCUCCACCAUCGAGUACGUCGUCCAGCGCGGCCCUCAGAUGCCGCUGGUCUUCCUCUACGUGGUCGACACGUGCAUGGAGGACGAGGACCUGCAGGCCCUAAAGGAGUCUCUGCAGAUGUCUCUGUCUCUGCUGCCCCCCACGGCGCUCGUCGGCCUCAUCACGUUCGGACGCAUGGUCCAGGUCCACGAGCUGGGCUGUGAGGGGAUCUCCAAGAGCUACGUGUUCAGAGGGACCAAGGACCUCAACGCCAAGCAGCUGCAGGAGAUGCUCGGUCUGACCAAACCCUCAGCCGCUCAGGGACGAGGACCUCAAGCUGCCCCCCAGCCCCUCUCCAACAGGUUCCUUCAGCCGGUGCAGAAGAUUGACAUGAACCUCACUGACCUGCUGGGGGAGCUGCAGCGUGACCCGUGGCCUGUCACUCAGGGGAAGAGGCCUCUGCGGUCGCUGGGCGUGGCCAUGUCCAUCGCCGUGGGGCUGCUGGAGUGCACCUUUCCAAACACGGGCGCUCGCAUCAUGACGUUCAUCGGCGGCCCGGCGACGCAGGGGCCCGGCAUGGUGGUGGGAGACGAGCUGAAGACCCCCAUCAGGUCCUGGCACGACAUCGAGAAGGACAACGCCAAGUUCAUGAAGAAAGCCACCAAGCAUUAUGAGGCUCUGGCUAACAGAGCGUCCACUAACGGUCACAUCAUCGACAUCUACGCCUGCGCUCUGGACCAGACCGGCCUGCUGGAGAUGAAGUGCUGCUCCAACCAUACCGGCGGCUACAUGGUGAUGGCCGACUCCUUCAACACGUCUCUGUUCAAACAAACCUUCCAGAGAGUUUUCACCAAAGACGUCCAGGGAUCCUUUAAGAUGGCCUUUGGCGCCGCGCUGGAGGUCAAGACCUCCAGAGAAAUCAAAGUGUCAGGAGCCAUCGGGCCGUGUGUGACUCUGAACGCUAAAGGACCGUGUGUUUCUGAGAACGAGAUCGGGACUGGAGGAACUUGUCAGUGGAAGAUCUGCGGUUUGGACCCGAGCACCACGCUGGCGCUCUACUUCGAGGUCGUCAACCAGCACAACGCUCCGAUCCCUCAGGGAGGACGAGGAGCGAUCCAGUUCGUCACCCAGUACCAACACUCAUCAGGACAAAGACGCAUCCGAGUCACCACCACAGCCAGGAAUUGGGCAGACGCUCAGACUCAGAUUCAGAGCAUCGCAGCGUCCUUUGACCAGGAGGCGGCGGCCAUCUUGAUGGCUAGGUUGGCGGUGUACCGAGCGGAGACAGAGGAGGGUCCUGAUGUUCUGCGCUGGUUGGACAGACAGCUGAUCAGACUGUGUCAGAAGUUUGGAGAUUAUCACAAAGACGACCCAAACUCCUUCAGGUUCUCAGAGACCUUCUCCCUCUACCCUCAGUUCAUGUUCCACCUGCGGCGCUCCCCGUUCCUGCAGGUGUUUAACAACAGUCCUGAUGAGAGCUCGUACUACAGACACCAGUUUAACAGACAGGACCUGACCCAGGCUCUCAUCAUGAUCCAGCCGGUCCUCUACGCCUACUCCUUUAACGGACCUCCUGAGCCGGUGUUACUGGACAGCAGCAGCAUCCUCCCUGACAGAAUCCUGCUGAUGGACACCUUCUUCCAGAUCCUCAUCUACCACGGAGAGACGGUGGCUCAGUGGAGGAAGGCCGGUUAUCAGGACAUGCCUGAGUAUGAGAACUUCAAACACCUCCUCCAGGCUCCCGUAGACGACGCCCAGGAGCUGCUGCACACUCGCUUCCCUAUGCCCAGAUACAUCGACACGGAGCACGGAGGCAGCCAGGCUCGUUUCCUGCUCUCCAAAGUGAACCCGUCUCAGACUCAUAACAACAUGUACGCCUGGGGUCAGGAGUCGGGCGCGCCCAUCCUCACCGAUGACGUCAGUCUGCAGGUGUUCAUGGAUCACCUGAAGAAGCUCGCCGUCUCCAGCGCUGCCUGACCUCUGCCGCCAUAGUUCUCUUUCUUUUUUGUUUAUGCUUUUCUCUUUGCUGCCUCUGUUUCCAUGACAACCAACGAUAUAACAAGCAGUGUUUCUUUACGUGUCACAUGUCCACAUCAGCCAACCAGCAGCAGUGCUCAGAACAAAGACAGCCAAUAGAGACGCAUGUUACCCUCCUCUGGUUUUGGAUAUUUGACCACCGGCUGCCUUUAAAGAGAUCAAACAGGACGUUUUAUUUUGAAGGAGCCGAUCAGUGGUGGACUUUUGAUGGUCUUUAAGUAUUUAUCUGUUUUUCUUUGGUUGCUUCCUGCAGGCCUGAGAGUCAACGAGCUCUCAGGGCUGAUGGAGGAACUAUUUCUUUGUUUCCUUCACAAUAAAAGCCUUCUUUUAAA